UGCUACUCCUCUGUCUUUUCUCCAAAGCUGCUCAUUGGCUUCUUGGUGGAAAAGAAAACCAUUUCCUGCUCCACCUGCUUUGCCCAGCAUUUCUUUUUCCUUCUCUUUGUGAACACAGAGGUGUUCUUGCUGGCUGUGGUGGCCUAUGACCGCUACGUAGCCAUCUGCAACCCACUGCUCUGCGCUGUUUCUAUGCCCAAGAGGGUCUACAUCAUGGUGGCCAGGUCAUAUGUAGGUGGGAUUUUCAACUCAUUAAUCCAAACAUGUUGCUUGCUGCCCUUGCCUUUUUGUGGACCCAAUGUCAUCAACCAUUACUUCUGUGACACUAACCCUCUGCUGAAGCUCACCUGUUCCGAUGAUCACCUCAAUGAGCUUUUGCUUGUAACCUUCAACGGGACCAUUUCCAUGUCUGUGCUCCUCAACAUCAUCAUCUCCUACGUAUACAUCCUCUUCUCCAUCCUGAGGAUUAGGUCUGCUGAAGGAAGGCACAAAGCCUUCUCCACCUGUGCCUCCCACCUCCUGACUGUUACCUUGUCCUAUGUGCCUGCAGGGCUGAGCCACAUGCAACCAGGCUCCAAGUACUCCCUGGAGAUGGAGAAAAUCACUGCUGUGUUUUACACCCUGAUCAUCCCUAUGCUCAACCCUCUGAUCUACAGCUUGAGGAACAAGGAGGUUCCUCAGGAAAGCCACAGCACAGAACAGUUUG